UGAAAAUUAAUGUUCAGAACUACAGCUUAGACAGAGCUACCUGCUGGCAAGUGUUUUCUCUUUUCCAUUUCUUCAGUAUCACUAUUUACAUCGCAAGAUUUAUUCCUACACUUAACUGACUACAUAAUACACCACAAGAUAAUGGAUUCCAUCACCAACACUCUCACUGGUCUCAUGGAUAGCUUUAAUAAGAGGAUGGCAGAGUUUGAAGCACAGUUGCAGAAGGCACCAGCAGAACCAUCCCACCCAAACUUGACUGCAGAAUUUCAAGCCUUCAGAGUCUUCAUAACUCAGGCUGUCACUAGCUUGCAGCAACAGGUGGAAUUGCUUGCAAGAAGCAUUGACUCCAUGGAGAUGCGUGGUCGGAGAGGCAUCUUGUUGCUUCAUGGUGUCCCCGAGGCGAAGGAUGAAGAUGCAGCACAGGUGGUGGUGGAUGUUGUCAAGGACCGCUUGAAGAUGACUGACUUCACACUAGCUGACAUCAAGAGGAGUCACCGGAUGGGACGGUCAUCUACUGCCUCAAGAUCACGGCCUAUAUUAUUCAAACUUAGGGAUGUUGCUGUCCGUGACAACAUUUGGUUCAACAAAACCCAAUUAAAAGGUGCCGGUAUCACCAUCUCGGAGUUCCUGACCAAGUCGAGGCAUGACCUGUUCAUGGCUGCACGAAAGAGCCUCGGGGUGACUAAGUGCUGGACGAGAGACGGGUGCGUUUAUGUUCUUGCACCCGAUGGGUCGCGGCAUCGUAUUACAACUGCUGCAGAGUUAAGUGCAUUAUUGCCGCAAAAUGCCACGGAGUCCCCGAAGGAGCCUGCGACCGUCUACGCUCCACGGAAGCCCGUCAUCACAAGUAGGCCCAAACGUGCUGCUGCAUACAAAAAGUGAAUUGUUCGUCACUAAUGUAUCGAGUCCGGGUAGUAUUACUUUUAUUUUUUAUAUUUUUCCACAAUUGGCACACCCACCUAGUCAUUUUCUUUCCUUCUACAAAUGUAAAUUGUAAAUAAACAAGUGGGUAGUGGUAGUAUUCUAGUCUUGUC